AUGCUAGGAAGUCGAAGAGUUCGUUCUCACGAAUCAUCACUUACUAAUUUAGAUAUUUACAAUCCAAAUUCACCAGUUAGAGUUUAACAGCAUAUAGACCAUCAUCAAUUUAAAACUCAAAAAUGUUAGAUUCAACAUCAAAUUAACUAAAAAAAGUAUUGCCCAUUUUUUCAUGACGAAACUGACAGGAGAAGAGAUCUCAAAUAUUAUUCUUACAAAUGCUAAUUAUGCCCGCAAGCUGACAAUUGUCCAUAAGGGGAUGAAUGUCAAUUUGCUCACAAUAAAGUGGAGCAAGUGUACCAUCCCAACAGAUACAAGACCAAAUAUUGCACUCACAUAAAGGAAUGUGAUUAUGGAGUAUAUUGUUCAUUUGCUCAUAAUGAUCAAGAAUUGAUCAUUCCAGUUAAGUUGGAUGGAAUGGUUCAAGACAAAAACUUCUGGAUGUUUUAAUACAAAACUGUUUGGUGUCCUCUUACAAUCAAUCAUGAUAGGGCUUCCUGUGUCUAUGCUCAUAACGCUUAGGACUUUCGCAGAGAUCCAAGGAAGUUAUAGCCAAAGGAAUGUCCACAUUGGAACAAAACCAAUCAGAUUUUAAAUUAUGAUAAAGGAGGAUGUCCAGAUUAAGAAGACUGCAAAUAUUGUCAUGGAUGGAAAGAAUUUGAAUAUCAUCCUCUAAUCUAUAAAACUAAACCAUGCACCUAGUCUAAUUGCACUAAGAAGUUAGGUGAAUGUGCAUUCUACCAUUCAGAUCAGGAGAGAAGAGUUCGUAAGUAAUUGCCUGAUAAUUCAUGGGUCAUAGAAGAACCAAAUGUGCACAUUGAAGCAAAAAGACAACCAUAUAAGCCUACAUCGAAUUAUGUAGGUCCUAUAAUCCCCAAUUACAUUCCCCAAGAUUAUAUGAGCAAAGAGAAAUUGGAAAUUGGGUAACCGUUUUGUUAAUAAUCCAUUACAAAUACAAAGACAUCUGACUCUAAUUCAAGGAGAGGCUCUGAUUUUUCAGAUGGAUCCAAAAUGCAAAAGAAAAAACAUAAUGCGCAACAACAAUUUUAAUCUUAAAAGAAACAUCGAACAGCACCUACUACACCUGAUUAAAAGCAGUUGCAUAUAAUGGGCAACAAUUACACAAUGAAAGUUUAACAAACUGUUUAAAGUAAUUCCCAUCUUACUUACUCAAAAAAACUUUAUGAAGAAAUUCUUAAAUUAAACGAGGGGGAAUAUAUAUAUAAGAUUUUGUAAGGACUCAAAAUAUCUGAAUAGAAGCUAAUGCAAAUGGGAGAUCAAUAAAUUAAAUAACUGAAUCUCACUGAAUAAUAGAUUACAUAACUUAUCUCAGCUUUAGCUGCAAUUAAAAUUGAGAAAAAAUACGACGAGCACUGUGGUGACGAACUUCUUAGUUUGAUAUCAAACUAAGGCAAAUUUUGAAAUUUUCAAUACGCAUAAAAAUAACAUUAAUAUAAAUUUUCCCUUU